ACAGCGGGUGGGCCGAAGAGGCGCCCAUUGUUUGCCCGAUUCCUGGAACGUCCCGUCUCUGUUUGUUUAUAAUGAGCACUGCUAGUCGGUUGCAGACAGCGGGCCCCUAAACUGCGAGUCAUCGGUGAAUAAUUUUGCAGCCUACUGUUUACAGUCGCUGCUUACCAUCGUAGCUGAGUUCGCCCUUCUGGUUAAAUGAUGUCUUGCAAUCGUCACCAUUAACUCGGUGGCACCCCGGUUCGGAGUAUCUGCUGCAUCCUCUUUCGUCUCUCUGGAUAUCACACGUUUGGUCGGUAUGCAAUGUCCUAAUGACUUCCUGUGAAUCCCAGGUGACGGUCUCGGUCCUGCAUCCCCUGGCUGGCCUGCUCCGCCGCGAGGUAACACCCCGUCCAUGGGCGCUGUCUCCGGAGGCUGCAGCGCCGGGCCCGGCACGCGCCGCCGCCCGUGCCGGUCGGCCCGGGGGCGGAGUCUCGGCGCCGCCACCCGCCACCCGCCGGCCGCCGGACUGCAGACAGUGGCGGCGACGGCGGCCCGGACGUCGGACAUACAGUGCUCCUCGCUCGUGGCUGAGGCACCGCGACACACAUCGACACGGAACGAAAGGGAACGCGCCGGCGCGCGACGGGUCACUGCUCGACAAUGGUCGCGUCGCAAGCGGCGGUGCUGCUAACUCUUGUCGCCUGCCUGACCUGCCGUCUGGCUGCGCUGCCUCAGGGCCACAAAAUCGUCAGAGACGACUACGCCUACAGCCGUCAGUACAUGUACGGCCGACGGGACCACGGUGCCAUGCAGAUGCACGGGACGGACAAGCGCGGCCAGGCGCCCUGGAGGGCCGGCGUCAAGCGCGGCUUCUACGGCAUGUACGACCACUAUAUGAUCGGUCGCGUCCAACCUCUGGAGAAGGGAGACGCGGCACCAGGCCAGCCGCAGGCCGCCGAGGUCAAAGGAUUUCCGAUCGGCGUGGCGUCUGAUGGAGCCGCCAGCCGAGUCAGCCGGCCGGUCCUUCUGCUCCUGGUGCUGCCGCUGCUGGCGAUGGUGUGACGUCAUAAACCCGAGAGAGACCGUUCAGUGACGUCAUUGGUGCAGUGACCGAUCAGUGAUGGAACAGUGGGCCAGUGGCUGAGACAUUCAGGAACUGUCCAAGACUCUGUGUUGAGUGUAGAAGAAGGAAGGGCAGUAGCUGUGCCCGUCUAUGCUGAUUUUCUAUGGCUGGCUUAUUAUCUGGCACCUCUUAUUUUUGACGAUGUGUUGAAUGUAUAGCGGUGAUAUUUUGAACCGCUAGUUAGAAGCAAGGAGUGAGAGUAUGACGGAGGCCCCGACUGUUCCGCCAUGACUGAUGAAUUACGAUGUAAGACUGGAGAGGAGAUGUGAAUCGUUCAAAAUUGCACUCUGUUUUAAGCGUGCAAGUAUAAGGCUAAGUUAUGCCUAACGUUGAGCGAGUAUAUGGUAUUUAUUUGUGCUUCGUAUUGCAACUAGUUAUUUCAAGGUAUUUUAUAUAUUCACAAACAUUUCGAUUUGCAUCGCCGAUCACAUUUGCUGUCGGCUGUCCGCAACAGCCUAGGCAGACCUUUCAUUUUUAUUUAUUUUUGUAUUUAUUUUUUUAUGAAUCGGAACCUUUUGUGGUUCCUGCGAUAUGUUAUGUACAUGUAUGUAUGACGUUCAUCUGUAAGUACUUUUUCGCGACAGUUUCACUUGAUAUCAUUUAUUCCAAAUCACAGUGUGUAUGGAAUUGGAUGCAUGAAUUUCAAAUGUAACUAUUGACUAUUGAGUGACACGGGAUGCGUAGUGAAGUGACUUCCUCAUUCUGCCGCGUGAAAUGCGAAAGAUCUGAUGGAAACAAAAACCGUAUGUUUAUUUGGCCACGCGCUAUUAUGAAAUGUUGCGACAGAUGUUGCAUUGUUGUCAAUAAAAUGCGACACCCACAAAACAAA